AUCUCUGACGUCAUUGAAAUAUGUGUGGAGUAACCGCUCCGUUUGCGACGAUACAUUCAUAAUCAAAAUCAUGUUAUGAAAACAAGGACCAACACAGUUAGAGACAAAUCAUUGAAAGUGUUUAUAAAACUGUGUAAUUUUAUUGUUUUAGAUGUGGAUGAAACAACAUUUUUAAUUCAACUAUUGUGAUUUUUUAUUAGAAGUACGUGACGUAUGUCAGCUGUUGACUUUUGAAGGAUAUGGGUGAAACAAAGCCCAAAAUUGUGAUCAUCGGUGGAGGGAUCUCUGGGAUAGCCUUAGGAGAUUAUCUCGCUAACAAUGGAUUUAAAGAUUACGUUAUACUUGAAGCAUCAAAUAGAACAGGCGGUAGAAUAUACACCGUCAAUCUUGAUGCCGAAGGCCAUAAAGCAGAAAUGGGGGCCAAUUGGAUACAUGGCAUAGAAAGAAACCCAAUUUUUAAAAUUGCUGAUGACAAUAAUUUGCUAGAAUUGAGACAUGGCAAUAAAGGUCUUCGUAAUAAAACUUCCUUUAAAAUGGAAAACGGAGAGGAAGUAACUGAAAAAAUAGUCAAUCAAGUUAAUUUGAACUAUGGGCAACUAAUUAUGCAAGCAGAGGAUUUUUAUCAAAGUGGUAUACCCACAAUGGAAGAAAAUGAUAGUGUUGGGGCAUUUCUGGAACGUGAAUAUGAAGACACUUUGGAACGAUAUACAAAUAGUGACCGUCAUAUUAGAGAAUUGUUAUUUGAUCAGCGAAAAAGGCUAGAGUGUUGUAUAUCUGGCUGUGAUUCAUUGUCAGAGGUUUCUUUGAGUGAGUUUGGAAGUUAUGAAGAACUACCAGGUGUUCAUUAUACAAUCCCACCCGGUUUUACUGCAGUUUUAGAAAUCCUAAAAAGUAGUAUCCCAAAGGAAAAUAUUUUACUCAAUCAUCCAGUCAAAUGUAUACGAUGGAAUAGACAAUUUCCAGAUCCAGAAAAAAAUGUUUAUGAAUGUUGUGUUGAAUGUGAAAACGGUGAAAAAUUCUAUGCAAAUCACGUAAUAUGUACUGUUUCACUAGGUGUUUUAAAAGCUGCAUGUGAUAGGAUGUUUAACCCACCAUUGCCUAAAAUGAAAUUAGAUGCAAUAGAUGCAGUUGGAUUUGGCAUUGUAGACAAAGUUAUUGUUCAGUUUGAUGAACCAGUGACAGAGCCCGAAUUGUUCCGUGUAGAACUUGUGUGGGACAAUGAUCUGAUUGAAAUGAAUGAUCUGCGACACACGUGGUAUCGUAAAAUAUACUCCUUUGAAGUGGUACAUGACAAUGUUUUAGUUGGAUGGUUAAGUGGUAAAGAAGCACUGUAUAUGGAGUCAUUGACGGAAGAGCAGAUAGGACAAGACAUUGUGGAGGCUCUGAAAAAAUUCCUUAGUAAAAAAGACAUUCCACAGCCAAGAAAAGUCAUCAGGACCAGAUGGGGAAAUAACCCUUACACUAGAGGAUCAUAUAGUUUCCUGAAAGUAGGAGCUCAGGCCGUAGACGUAGAUGCUCUGUCAGAACCCUUAAUGGGAUCAGAAUCUGAUAAGCCUCAAGUAUGCUUUGCAGGGGAGGCAACCCAUCCAACUCACUACUCAACUACACAUGGAGCAUUGCUGACUGGCUUGAGAGAAGGAAAGAGACUGACAGAUUUGUACAAAUGAUGAUAAUUGUCAUGUAGUCUCAUUUUAUGUUGUAACAUAUUGACACAAAUUUGUGAGAGUUAUGAAUGGUGCAAAUGAUCAUAUAUAUUAUUUUCUCAUUUUAUAGCAUUAUCUCCCCUUAACUUACCCAUACCCUGAAAUUUACUGCAUAUGAUAUUUUAAUGCCCAUUUUAUAAUAUUUGUAAAUUUAUUUUACUGUUAGAGUUUGAUUUGCAUAAAGCUAAGUUUUCUAUGACCUCUAUAUUUAAUAGCAAGUGGAAAUGGCAAAUUUUAUAUAAUUAUAUGCUUGAAAUUCACUUUUUUUAAAUUGAUAAAUCGUGUUUAAUCUGGAAAAUGUUUUAUGUGAAAGUAUAGACUGUAGCUGAUCUAUAUUACAUACAACAUGUACAAGAAAACUUAAAAGAAACACUUUUGAAGAAAAAUUGAAAAAAGAAACCAUAAAACUACAUUUUCUUUUAUCGCCAACACUUUGGUAUUACUAUUUGCACUUUUAAAUAUAAAAACAUUUUUAGGAAAUUAGUAUUACCAUGAAAAAUAAAGCUUAUUGACUAGAAUGGAAUUUUAAUAGUAUUCUGUUGACCUCUGCUUUUCUAGGAGACAGUAUAAUAUUUUUUAGUACAAAAUUUGACCUCAGUAUAUAUUUUUUCUUGAUGAGAAGGCGUUUUAUAAACUGUUUUAUUUUUACCAAAAGAAAAAAACAACAAGAAACGAAUGAUUAUAAAAGAGCAUAAUAAUUUCUAGGAAGGUUUGUCCUCCUCUAGAAUAUAUUUAACGCAAAGUCUGAUUUUAUUUAUUCACUCAUAUAUAGUACAAAGGGUUAUAUGAGCUGUUUUAAUUAAUGUUUAGGGAUACUAUAAAAAAAAAUGAUUAAGCCUAUAUAAAUGUUCAAGACAUUGUCCGAAAUUUUUCAGGAAGGUCAGCACACCUGAAGAGGUAUUUUAGGUACCUAGACCUAUUCCAUUUGUAUUUUUAUCAAUAUAACAGGCUUUUUCAUGAAAGUUUUGCAGACCUCAAUUGAACAUUAGUUCAAAAGCUGAUACAUGGACCUUUUAUUUUUUAAUGUUUUGAUAUUAUUUUCACAAAAGUUCCUGCUUUUAUUAAAAGUAAGUUCAGCUUUUAUAAAUGUAUCUCCUUUGACAUGAAUUUGGCACAAACCAGCUUGUUGAGUUUUAGCUGUAUAAUAUUUUUAUGACAAAGGUCUAGGUUGUUGAAUUUUGGAGUGAACAUUUCACAUUAUAAGUAGCAUCUAUGAAUUUAGUGGAAAUUUAACACACAAAAUUCUAAUUUGCUGUUUUGAUCACCUAAUAACCUCAGGAAUAAUUCGAAGGUACAUCAGCAUGUUGGCGUUGUGUAUAAUUAUUUCAAUUAUUAUUUAUAUAGCAUUGUAUUAUCACCUAUGAGCGGGUCUUUUAAUACCUCAAACUACCAACUCGUUAAUGUUAUUUAUUAAAUUUAUAGCUAAUUCUGUUUGAACACAGUUUAUGCAUUUUGUUAAAAUAUCUCCACAUAUAUUUAUCAUAUGAUCAUUUAAACCAAUGUUGAUUUUUUUCUGAUAGAUGAAAGAUAUUGUUUUGUUAUUGUGGGCUUUUGAGAAAUUUUAAAAUGGUGCUCACUGGUCUGUGGACAAGGGAGAUAAUUCUCUUUUCACAAGAACAAAUAUUUUACACAGCUUUGAAUGGAAAGUCUUGAAUUUGAAGGUGUCAUUGACAGGUAUUUAUAAUUGUAGACACUGGCAAUGAAUAUUUGCAAGUGGUUUGUUCAAUCUUGUUGCAGAGUUUUUUAUUUACUUUGUCCUACCUCAUAAGUUUUGUUCAAUUGUCUAUGUGAAUCUAACAUCUUUUUGAGAAGUCAGUAUACUACAAAAAAAAGUGUUUUGAUCACUGUUCCAUGGUGUCAUUGUCAUAAUCCUACAAGAAAAAGAAAGUGUUAUUAUUUUAUUUUGCUGAAUAUUUCAUUCAGAUUUUCUAAGAAUACAUAUUAUACAACGAAAAUGGACCAAAGAUGAAUUUCUUAUCCUUGCUUCAGAGGCUUAGUAUUUUCUCCUAGCAUAACUUGGGAAAUAAUAAAGAUGGUAUUAAAUCUUCCACAAAACUAUUUAAUGCUGUUGUCUCCCUUUUUUCAAAUCCUUGUCAGAAGGAACAUAAGCUGAAGGCAGUGAUUUUUGAAGAAAACUUUUUUCUGAUGAAACUGUAUUUUUUCCAACAGUGAAACAAGUAAAAUUGCAUAAGUUGCCAAAAAUAGGGAAACAUGAAAGAAUUUAGAAUUUAGAAUGUAAGUUUGUUAUAGAUUGCUUUGGUGUAUUUUUUUUAUUCUUAUGCACUGAUAGUUGGAUUGAUUGAAGAACGUGUCAUGGGUGUUUUUAAAUCCACGUUGAAUGAAAAUGUUUUAGUUUGUCAGAUUAAGGAAAAAUGUAAUGCAAUGUAUGUUUCAUUUAAGUAUAUCAUCACAUAUUUAUUUAUGUCAUUUUUUCCCUAGUCAGUCAGUGGUAUAUAUUGUAGUUAUUUAGAAUUUUGUAAUAUUCGGAACUUGUAUUUUUAAUCAUCAGUGAUUGUGCAACCAAAAUAUCAGAGUUUUUGGAAAUAUGUCUAUAUAAUCUUUUAACAAAGUUAUAGAGAUGAAUUGGAAAUAAUAAAAAAAAUAAUGUUCUACUUUUAUUUUAAAUGAGAAGACUUAUGAUAAGUUAAAUAUAAUAUAAAUUUAAAAGCAGUUCACACACAGGAAAAGUUGUGGGUGCUUAAACUUGUGAACUCUGAUGUUUUGUAUGUAGAAUAGUAGGUUAUUUCUAACAGGGCUUUUCUAGAAAAUAAAACCAAGGGUGAAAAUAAAGAAAUUGAUAAUAUUGAAGUAAGAUUAAUACUUCUAUUAUUUCAAUUUCUUGGGGAUAAGGGAAAAGAAUCAAAAAGGGUUGUCAUUUCAUUUGAAUGGGACAAUUUACCUGCUUUUAGAAAAUCAGUAUUCUAAAUUUCUUAGUAUAAUUAUUUACAGGCAAACAAUUUCUCCUUAAACGUUUGGUUAGGACAUCGGCUCAGAAAAACCAUGAAAAUCAACAUCAAAUACAAUUUAAUGACAGCAUGGUCUUUUUUGCAGCCAAAACUGUUUCUAGAAAGGCCCUUUUUUUGUCAUCCAGAUAAAUUACGUUUGAUGCCAAGUGAAUAUAUUAAAAUUGUGCAAUUGAUUUAUUUUUUAAUUCUGUAUCAAUCUUGAAUGUAUCUGUACAUGUAUGUUCUAAGUAAAUUAAGUGAUGAAUGCUAAUCUUAUUUAUACACUGUACAUCAGAAUUUGAAUGUGUACAUGUUGAAAUUAAUGUUAAGUCAGCUCAUUUGUCAUGACACUGCAAAGGCUUGUUUUGUCUUCUUACGGUUUCUUCUUUUCACCUUCACUGACUUGUAACUUCCUACUGGUUCUUAGGAAAUCAUGUUGUGGCUUCUUUCUUUUAUAUAUACUUUAAAUAUUUAGCUAAAUUAGCACUAAGUGGUUGUAUAAGGUGCUGAAGAGGCAAACUUACUGAAAAAUAGGUCAAGAUGACCAAACGAUGCCUAUGGUCAGCUUAGUUACUAGCAUGAUUAUGUAACUUUGUAAAACAUAUCUUGUAUGUUAGAUUCUUGUUCAUUUACAGACAUUUUAUUUUAAGAAGAAUAAUUGAAUUGUAUCUGAAAUUUACGUAUCAAUGGCAAGUUGAAGUUCACCCAUGUUGUAUGUUACAGUACUGAUUUUUCAUUUAUCAUCUUUAUGUCUUGGUUUUUAUAAGUGAUCUAAUGAUCACUCAAAAGAUCAGGAUAUUAAUGCAAAAUCACAUAAUCACUUAAAAGACCAGGGCAUUAUUGCAAAAUCACAUCAUCACUUGAAAGACCAGGACAUAAAUGCACAAAGUUACAUGAUCACUUUGGAUUCUGAUUUUUGAAAUAAAAACAGUCAUAUUUUUUUAUAUUUUUCAUAUUAUAAAUGAAGACAAAACAAGCCUUUACUUUAAUAAUUGAAACUACGUUAAUUUAAAGUUGACAUUGACGGGAUUAUUAUAUCUUGAGAUUUUCAUUCAGUAAUUAUAUUAUAAUGUUGUUAUCAAUUGUUUAAUUUAUGUUCAUUUAUCAGCAAUCUAAUAAUUUAAAACCGUCCAUGGGAUGAAAAUUAUGCCAUGCAAACUGGAGUAGGUUUUUAUUUCCCUAAAGUUGGUGGAUAACAAUAUGUGAAUUAAAAAACAACCAUGACAAAAUGUUGCCUUGGAUUUGUUUUGCUUGAGAAUGUACUAUACUUUUGUUUGGCUAUGCCUCUCUGAUAUUUAUUUGAUAUUUUAAAUUGUAUCUCUCAUAAAAGCAGUUUGACCUUGAGAAGUCCUUAUUUAUAUGUUUUCAAAAUAAUUAAGAGGAAAAAUAUCUGAUAUUUAUUUCAAAACACAACCACAAACAUUAACUGUUCUAGAAUUGAUAUAUUGCUCUGUUACACAUAUGUUUUUAACAAAAUAAGAAAAAUAUAGAAAAAGAAACAUGUGGUACAAAAAGGGGUUCAACACCCAUAAGAUAUUAUGUUUUUGUUUUAUUUAAUGUAUUUAAUAUGUCCAAAAAUGUUAUCAAUAGACUUGCCAAACACCAAGAAAGAUGAAUAUUACUUAGAGGCAGAAAUAAAGUAAAUAAUAAACUGAAAUGUUUAGAUUUGAAUUGAAGAGUAAAUUUGAUUUGAUGUAGUAAAAUGAUGAAUUGAUGUCAAGAAAUGUCUUUACAUAGAGAAAGUUGUAAGAUACACAGAAAUAUCACCUGAUAAUCAAGCAAAACAAAAGUCAUUGCAAAGUUAUUUGUUAGUUUUUGAUGAAUUGAAAUAUAUUUACAAGAUUUUAACAGAUUUUUUUAUGAAAUGGCAGAGUUGUAUUGUAAAACUUUUCUAUUUUCUUGUAGAUAGGGUAAUGUAAUCUUUUAUGUCCUAUACUCCAGAUGAUAUCUUUGAGAUUAUUUUAUUAAUGUCAUUAUUCAAAAAUGUCUUUUCAUUGUAUCUACAUUUAAAAACAGUUUUAAAAAAAUGAAUUUUCCUGAGAGAAAAAACUCAGCAUGGUUUACUCUGUUUUGGAGUAAGGGUACCAGUUUCUACAAAGGGAUUACAUUGUCCUUUCUUAUAUAUAGAUCAGAAUUAAUGGAUGGUGUGUUAGAUUGCUCAGUGCUGACUAUAGCAGCAUACUUAUUGUCACAUUAAAAUGUUCUGAGUAUUAAAUAAAGUAUAAUAAAUAUAUCAA